AUGUCCUUCUUUCGCAUCACCCUCCACAGAAGCGCCAUCGGCCUGCCGGAGCGCACGCGCGGCGUCCUCGCGGCGCUGGGCCUGCGGCGGCGCAUGCAGACCGUCUUCCACCCGGCGGAGCCGCAGUUUGCGGGCAUGAUCUUCAAGGUCAAGGAGCUGGUGCGCGUGGCCGAGGUCGAGACGGCGCUGAGCAAGAAGGAGGUGUCGGCGGAGCGCACGCCCGACGCCGGGUUCUACGUGGAGAGCAGAGCGGCGGAGCGACUGCGGCAAUGA